AUGGCUACACUCGAGGAAGUUGAGCGGGCGCCUCUGCUGUCCCGGCAGGCCGGAGCUAGCGACGGUCAAGGUGGCUCUCGCCCCCUAGAAAGCUUCAAAGGAGACGAUCUGGACUUCGACGCACGAUUGCGCAAGUGGAAGGCCGCAGUCGCUCGCAAGUUUCGCGGCAAAGGUGACCGCGAUACAAAGCCGACCCUCCUCAUCACCCAGUUCGACGGCCCUGGCCUGGCUCAAGCCGUUCUCGACGACAAACACGCCGCAGCUCGCGACAAUGAUUCGCACGAAGCUACAUCGAUGUCCUCGCAAGAGUUUCAGCGUCAGGUGGAACGGGUCAAGCAUGCGAUCAAGUGCGGCAUCUAUCCAAAGAUGAUCACCACCGGCUCAAGCGGUUCCUACUUUGUUCGCGUCAUCGACGAGCCCGCCUCCCAUCCGCAAUUAGAGGCCUCAUCCUCGCAGCCGCCAUCGCUAACCACCGUCGCCGUCUUCAAGCCCAAGGACGAAGAGCCGUACGGCAAUCUCAAUCCGAAACGCCAAUUUGCACGCAAGUACCUCUGGUGGGCCAUGGGCAGACCUUGUCUGAUUCCUAACUUCUCUUACCUCUCCGAAGUCGGCGCUUCAUAUCUCGAUGCUCGUUUGGCGCUUCGCAUGGUUCCGAGGACCGAGCUUGUCGAGAUAUCCUCACCCUCCUUCCACUACGCAUACAAUGACCGCCUCGCUUUCGACAGAGACCGCGUGCCCCUUCCCGACAAGAUCGGAAGCUACCAGACUUUUCUCAGAGGCUACGUCAACGCCUCGGAGUUCCUCAGAAGGCAUCCAUGGCCGUCGCGCGCUCGCAGUAGAACGUUGCUGAUGCGCGACAUGGACGACGAGAGCCGAGCCCACAAGGUCAGCCGCAAGAAGGAGCGAGCACGGCUGCGCAACUGCGGCGUGGCCAUCAAGCGCUCCUUGCUUUGCCGGCCUUCAUGGGAUGACCUCUACGAUCAAGAUGAGCCGGAUCUUUGCCAUCCGUCCUUGCCCCGAGACUCGCCCGUGGACGGUCAAGAUGCUCUUUCCGAUCAGCCCGAUGUCUUCUACUGGACACCAAAUCGAAUGGAGCAGUUUCGUCUCCAGCUCGAGAAGCUCGUCGUCCUCGAUUUCCUCAUGCGCAACACCGAUCGCGGCUUGGACAACUUCAUGAUCAAGCACGACCCGGAAAGGGACGAGAUCAAGAUCGGCGCCAUCGACAAUUCCCUGUCCUUUCCCAUCAAGCACCCCAACGAGAUCCGGCAGUAUCCCUUCGGCUGGUUGUUUCUCCCCAGCGAUCUUAUCGGAUUGCCCUUUUCCGACGCCACACGCGACCACCUCUUGCCCAUACUCAACGAUCCCGUCUGGUGGCAGCGCACUUCUCAAGGGCUUCGCAAGAUCUUCGAGAAGGAUCCCUACUUUGACGAAUCAAAAUUCGAGAGGCAAAUGAGCGUCAUGCGAGGUCAAGGUUGGAAUCUCGUGCAGAGCUUGCAGGACCCCGACGAGGGUCCUCUCGACCUGUGCGCGCGCGAAAAGAAGCUGAUACGCCAGGAAGUGCAGGAAUAUCCUAUUGACAAGCUCGAAAGGCUGCAAGGCCUCAAGGUCCCGCUGGACUCGAACGCCCAAGUGGUGCCCGUUUUGGGCGCGUCGCGAUCUCCAGGCUUCCCGAACCAAGCGACGUCCAAACCUGCCAUAUCACGAACGAUCUCUUCCGGCGUAGUCGAGAGGGAGAGAAGGCCCAUCGGAAUGCGGGCGUCCGAGUCGUACAAGAAGGCUCUCCUUCGAGCAUCAGGUGGCCAGGUCACGCUAGACUCGGAAGAGGAGCUCGUCGAGGAGGGGGAGGCUGUGGUGUCGACGGGCGUGUCAUCGUCGCUACCACACACUUCGACUUUUGAGGACAACAUGCAAGCUGAAGCAACCUCGGAAGGGGUGCACUCGGGCUCACCCAAGUCGUCGCGUCCGCAGACGGUGCGGCAUCAACGAUUCGCUUCCGCGCAGGACGUCGGAUCCUUUUCUCGAAGACAACGCGACAUAGCUGCAGGAAGCGCCAGGCAGUUCGACGUCAACAACGACAGCGUCCUUGGCCGAACUGGCAUUGAGGUGCUCGAGGGACUCGACCGCGAACGAAAGCAGGGCACGAAACUCACCUUUUUCCGCAACCGCAAGCGUUCAAGCACCAUCUCCAACGAUGAUGCUGCGAACCUGGCGCAGCCCAAAAGGCCUUCCGCCACUCAGCGCCAGAGCUCCGAGGACGCUGGCAGGAGCGAGAAUGACAGGAGCUACGACCUUGCGAGCUCGAUCGUCUCCGAUCCCGGGGCUCGCAUCAACGGUGCUUCGCGCUGGCCUAGGUCGAGGUCAGCUUCGAGACCAGCAGAAGGCAUGUACGGAUCCUUGUACGACUUGCACAGCCAAGGCGAGGUGCUUUCUGAAGAAGAAGAGGAGGACGAUGACGAAGCUCGCGAGCGGCAAAGUAAGACGCCGUCCACAGGGUUGGUCAUCCGUUCGAGGCAAGGAGGAGUCGUGCCGACGAUCGAAUCUGUUCUUCGGCAGGGAAGUGGCGUCGGCGGAUCCUCAAGUGACACGGGCAAGGACAAAGAGACAAACGGGAAAGCAUUCAGGCCGCACAUUCCACAUCCCACUGCGGUCAGACCAUCGGCCGAAAACUCGAAUCGUGAGGACAGCACAGAGCCGACCUCGGACUCUUCCAAGGGCAUCGUCAAGGUGAUCGUCGAAAAGAUGUCGUCCGACACAAAGCAGGCUUGGCUCAAGUGGAUCUAG